AUGUCAAUUUUUCACGUGACAGAUAUAUCUGAAAAACCUUCUUCAUACACUAGCCAAUUGGCAAACAAAGAUAUCAAUUAUUAAGCUUUAAGGAGUGAAGUUAGAACUUCUAUAAUAGAUAAAUACAACCAUUUCGAAAAAUUAGGACAAAAACCAAAAAGUCCAAAAGGAGGGUAACAAAGCAAAGAAAGUCCAAGAAAACACUAAAAUACUUUACGAACUUUAGACAUUUUAUUUGGGAAACCACCUUAGAAUCAGGAAUAAGUAUCUCAAUCUUCACCUGCCAAGAUUAGUGGAUUAAAGAAAAAGAUGCAACAAAUAGGCACUUAAGAACAAACAGGCAAGUUUCACCUUUCAACAGGAGCCUAAGAUUUUAAGAGCACUUAUUAUGAUUAGUCAGGAGCCAAACACUCGUUCUUAUCUCCAUAAAGUAGAAACACUCAGGAUGGCUUAAUGAGAUCGGGAUCCCUGACAUCAAAGUUUUAUCCAGAAAGAGGCACAUAACUCAGUAAUGCUGUCCCAAUCUAACGAUUAGUUGAGAUACAAAAUUUAUUAGAAUUGACUCCUUCAAGUGAACUUCAAACUCUACCAAGAAAUUAUUUGGACGAACUUCAAAGAGUAGCCAGUUCAAUAUAAAGGAAUUUGAAGCACCACAACGAUAUUCGCCUAAAAUAGUGAAAAUAUCAUAUUUUAAUAAACAAAAAUUAAUUUUUUUAA